AUGCAGCGCGCGGCGCGUCACGGACUGCACUGCCGAGCGCCGGGGCCGAAGCGCCCGGUGGAGGUCGCGGAGGCUCCGCCCCACGCAGGGGGACCCACUCCACGGGUUUACGUUUCAGUAUCUUCAAAUAGAACGAGCUUAAAAAAUAUUCUCUGCGCGAGCCGUUCCAACAAUACGCGGCUCCAGACCCUCGUGUGUGUUUCCUACCAAAACAUUUACCCCUCGGGCGUCGGAGGAAAAGCUACGCGCGGAGACGAGAGGGAAAAGCGCGAGAGAGGGAGACGGGUGGUGGAAACGGCCAAUGGGGAAGGGCGCCGCGCUGGGCGGGGCGCGCCAAAGCUAAAAUGUCAGGGCGGAGCGAUAGAUCCUAUUAUUGUCUGGCAAGGCAAAUAA